GAGACUGACUGGUGCGAUGCAACCGCGCUGAUAAAAACGCCCGAUGAUCGUCGAUAGCAACGGUCGCAAAACACGUGAAUGUAAUGAGCAUAUUGUACAGUACACCUUUUCGAUUGGAUUGGUUGAAUUCAAGACGGUGUUGAUGAUAUGCUGCGAUGCCGUAAGGUGAUUCACUCAGAUCGGUAGGCGUUAGUUUCUGAACAACUUUGAAGUGGUGACCUGAAAGUUCCCGUGGCUGUAAUUGGCUACCUUUCUUCGUACAUGACGACGAUUGUGAAAUUGCGUCUCAAUUGAACUCGACGCCCUCGACAACGGUGCAAUUUCCUUCCCGAUCCAAUCAAUCGUUCUCCAAUAUUCACCACUCACCGGGUGAGAGUGUAAUAAGAAGAAGCAAAAAAAAAAAAGUCAUUCAAGUGUGAAUUUUCCGGAUUUGUUUACAUCAUCACACCGCCAACGGUUUUCCCGCUCGCGUCGCCGCAGCCAUCUUUGAUGGGAAGAAACGAGCGCCUGUGUGCGGUGGUGAUUGGUGCGCCAACUAGUGAGAGGGUGGGUGAUUUCGAAGUAAGUACCACCCCCCUCCGUUGGUAAUUUAGGGUGGUGGGGGUCACAAAGAGUGAACCUUUUGUUUCACGUGACGGUGAUAGCUCGUGUCGUGGCUGAAGAAUUGCAACGAGCGUGGGGUCGCGGGAAGGUGAUAAAUCCGAAGUCUUGUUGCAGCAGUACCUACCUAAAUUUAGAGCCUUGGUACCUUGGUGGUUGGAAAAGUCGGCGCGCAGUUAAUGCAGAGGUUGUCCGUUCCGCUGCGGAGCAGUUGAACAUUAUUCCAUUUUGUUUACAGAAGAAAAAGCGCUGCGCUGCGGCGCAGAAGAAGUGGAAGAAUUUUCAUCAAAACAAGUACGGUUUGGUGUUUGGUGCUUGAAAGAAGAAAAAAAAGUGUGAUUUAGUGUGAACGGAAGAAUAGCAGAAGCCGUUCGGCGUACCGCGGCCUACUAUUAGUGAAGCUAAAACAGCAGCAGCAGUGUGAAGAUUUUCAUUCAUAAGUUUUUUUUUUCGGAGAAGGUAAUUUUCUUCUCCGAUUGUUCGGAACAAAGCAGGCGCUGAGCGGCGUCGUUGUUUAGAAGCCGCGCGAAGGUGAAAGCCAGCCGUCGUGUCGUUCUGUGUGUGUUUCAAGUUCGGCUUUUUGUGUGGAGUUGUUGCCAGUGAGAUUGAUAAAUUGGUGUUUUUUCAACGAGCGAUGUCAACUGAUUACAGCUGUCACAUUCGAGUGCACCACUUCGACCAAGAACAGCAGUGAUGAAGACGCUGCUCCCAAUGCUUAAUGCCAGCCCCAUUCUAGUGUCAACGAUGACGCCGCCAACUGGCCACUACUGCGGUGGGGAUGACCUAAUCGGACUAGCAUCAUCAUCGUUGUCGUUGGUUCCCGGUUGCUACUGCAAGGUCAACUGAAUCAACCCCUCCGUCGUUGAACGCAAGGAACUUCUAGCUCUUACUUCGAUCCACCACCGGAGAAGAGACUUUUCUCUUUAGAGCAAACGUGUGUGACCUGAUCUACGUCGCAGGUUUCUGUUUUAAUUUUUCGGUGCACUGUCAAUGUGUAACGGCAUGCAUCGUUGAUGCCGCGUUCUGUCGUCCCGCAUAUCUACGAAAGGGGGUGGAUGGUACCGAGUGACGAUUCUGGCUGGGGUUAAAUAGUGCAGUGACAACAACGAGAGUGAGAGAACCUCUAGAUACCUCUAGAUUACAUACCGUGCGUCCCGCGGUCGUCCUUCCGUUCGUCAGUCGGUGGUGCGCGAGAAGAGAACUUUUACGGUUCCGAUUCGCCCAUAGAGUUUUGCGAGAAGAACGGAAGAGCGAGAGAAUUAUAGUGUUUGUGUGCAUACUGCAAUUGGGGAGUGCAAUUGCGCCCUGCUGUGCUGAAAACUAGGUUGAAUCAAGGAAAAACGGCGCUGCAGCCAUCAUCAUCAAUAGCAGGGAAAGAGUUGAGCCCGAGCGCCAAAAUGCUCUCCUACAUGCUACCAGUUGAGGAAAAAUCGCCCUCAGUGACGGCGGCCAGUGCAGCUGCUGCUGCGGCGCGAAAUCUAAGUUUGAAUCUGAAUAAUACCACUACCGGAGGAGGUGGCGGUGGCCAUUCCGGACCGAAUCCGUCGUCUACGGUGUUGGUGAAUCCGAGUGCAUCAGGCGGUGGUAAGGCCGGUGGCCGUCCGUCGUCCGGGACGACCAAGGUUAUCAAGUCGGCCAUCAAAACAAACCAUCGCUAUAAUCUGGUUCCGUCGUCGGGUCGGGAAUCGGUUGCUCCAUCGUCGGAGAACGGGAAGGUGAAGAAGUUCGCUGCGAGGUUGCAUCAGCAGCAGCAACCGUACCAGAAGUGCAAGGGAGGUGAAGAAGAUAGUGUGAGGGGUAGUGCAAUACACAACGGAGGAGGAGGAGGAGGCGGUGGUGGUGAAGAUUUGAGUGUUGAUGAGCACACCAGCCUGCUGGGAGGAAGUGGUGGCGGUGGUGGCUCCAAGAGUGUCAAAAGUGAUAAGAAUUUCAACAACCUGAUUCUGGUCAACGGGAACGGCAACGUCGGUGGUUCCAACGGCGGUUCCAAGCUAGUGAGUGUGUUGAAGAAUUCCUCGGCCCUGAAGAAUGGUGGCAACGGUGGUGACCAUGGCAAUAGCAACCACGGCACUCACCACCACCACCACCAGCAGCACAAUGGCUACAGUGCGGUGAAUAGCUAUGAAGAAGAUGACGAAGAAGACAACAACGACGGUGACGAAGAGUUCGACGAAGCCGAAACAGAAGAAGCCGAGUUCGAUUUGGUUGCGGCGAAUAAUCGCAAGAAUAUUCACCAACAGCAACAACAACAACAGCAAACGAUCAGCAAAAUGAGCACCAGUGUGAGUUUGACGCGGAAUUUGAACGGAAUCAACGGUAACAAUGGCAGUAGUGGCCAACAUCAGCAGCCACCGCAGCCGCAGUCCUCGGUGGAGACGCCGAGCAGUGGCAUUAUGUUGGACACGAGCGAUGCCGACUCCGAGCAGACCGCCACCAGUGGAUGCGGUGGAGAUGGGUCUAGCAUCGGAGGAGGAGGCGGCGGUGGCAAGAAGGUCAAGAUGAAUAAACUCGGCGGUAGCAAGAAUGUGACACUCAAGAGGUGA